GUUAAUGGAAUGAACAAAUAAUAAUAAUUAGCAAUUUUAUUGUACAUUAUGCCAUCCUGCAUCUGUGGUUAAUUGAACAAUACAAUGACAGUAACACAAAUGUAUGUCACUUUAUCUGUGGCAGGCGCAGACGCGCUAGAGAUGGGCGGGCGGUAUAAUAUAAAAAAAUAACGAUCAAAAACGGAAAACGUAUUCAGUGCAGUGUAUUAAGUAUUUAUUUUAUCGUUUAUGAAUUAAAUAUUGAUAACUACUUUAUGUAAUGAAUUAAAAGGUGCAUAUUUUGCUACUCUAUUUUACACAUUUAUAAGAUUAAUUCCUUAUUUGCGUAAUAAAACUGUAAAACACAAAAAUGAAGGAUCCCUUUGUUACCGACUCCUAUAUUGAUUCGCCUACACGGGACAAUUUAAAGCAUAUUGACGGGUGUUACAGUAAAAAUAUGUUUAAAAACAAAUCCUUUAUGAAUUCUCGUCGUGCCUUACAAUCUGGUGCAGAUAAAAUCUCAAGAACAUUCAAGAAUAUGCGGAAUACUUUUGGAGACUUGUCUCAGCAUUUUAGACUGGGUGGAAGAAGGAGGCACCGAUUAGCUGAAGCAACCUCACCAUGCAGAACACCAUGUACUCCGGUUACAAAGAAAAAACAGAUCUUAGGCCGCAGUCCCACCAAACUAUACAGUCCAUUUGGUAUUGAGACACCAAGGAGCAGGGACUUUAGGAUGUCUCCAUAUAUGCCUAACACACCAGAACACGAGAUUUCACCAAAACGGCGCAAGGGAAUCGCUCAUUGGCACCUUUUGGGAAAGAAACCGAGAGCCCUUUUUCAGUAAGACAUUUCCAACGCACAAUUCCCACCGCUUAGUAUUUACUAUUUAUUAGCUAUAUCCAAGAUGUAUGAAUACGUGAUUGGUGCUAUGUGUGACUGAGACUGAUGUGAAAAAUAUACCCAUCUCAUUCAAACCUCCUUCAUUACCAUAUAGCUUGGCUGUUUUUUCUUAGCUAAUUCCACGAUCUUUGGAUGGUAUACAUUUUUAGCAAUUAAAUAUAAGAUAACUCGCUAUCUUAAAAGGCCGGCAACGCACUCGCGAGUCCUGUGGCAAUUUAAGUAUCUAUGGGCGGCAUUAUCGCUUAACAUUAUUUGCCUGUUGUUAGGUAAAACAAUAAAUUCACAUUUAAUUAGUGUUUUGUUUUGUGUAUUUUAUUUACUAACGGUUUUUGCCAACGGCAGGCCAAAUCAGUUAGUACAGUAAAAUCAAUAAUUUUACCCGUACAUACAGUACUAAUAUAAAUUAAUUUAUUUGUAGACAUAGUUGGGUAUAUUUUUUACUAGCGUGCUUACAUUUAAUUGUCAUAUCGUAUGGUAUGCCUUGGUGCAGUGAUAUUUACAUAGCAUAUACUUAUGUACAAACAAACAUAGCUGCUCAAUAUUGUAACGGCUUGUAAAUUAAUAUUUAUUUGAUCAUGUUUAGACUCUUUACAAUUUGUAUGGAGAAACUUUAAGUACUUAAAAGAAUACUUUUUUUAAUUUAAAUAUAAUUAGAAUUUUAAUUUUAACUUUAGUAGGAUUACAUUUCGUGUGUUCACAUAUAAGGCUUUUUUAAAAUCAUAGGUUAUUCGAAUUCGUAUCUCAAUUCUCAAGUCUGUAUCUCGACUUGCGUGCUGUCAAAUAUGUCAAACGUCAUACAGAAAAACAGCCUUUGACAAUGGAUUAGUUUGUGACAAAUGAUUGUGUUUGACGGUUUUAGAAUACAGACAGAAUUUAGUUUUCUAGAGAGUAGAGACUGCUGGUUGAUUUGACAGUUAUCUAUCUAUCUAUAUUUUAAUUGAGAGAGAUUUUAGAUAUAGCAAAAUCUAGGAUUUUUUUGCAAAAGUUAUUAAAUCUGUUUCAAAUCACUCAAAUCAUCGUAUGUGAGGAAUAAAUUUGCGUCUUAAAGAAGUUUAAUCUAAAUGUAUUUAAGUGUGAAUAAAACACUGCCCUAAAGAACAAUAAUUAAUCAUAUCCAGUAUUAUAUACGCCAAAACGCUUCGUGUAUUGUAGUUUUAAGGUUUUCUACGCUUUUAUGACAAUAUAAACUAUGGUAAGUAUUAAGGAUUGUGUAGCUUAGGCCCAGUCUAUUUAAACACGUAUGGUAACUGUUACGAAACGUAUAAUGUCAGUAAUCGUAUAGUUAAAUACUAUUUUGAAGCUGAAUCGGUUCAAAUAUAAUACGUGUAGUAAAACUAUACAGUUUGUAUGAUAAAUACUAUACUUCGAGAAUUCAAUCUCAGCUCCAUCACAUAUAUAUGUGUAUUAGAACUUUGUAGGUUCGAUUUCACGCCAAAAUGUUCUAUUACGUCAACUGUUCGAUUUCACGUAUAGUUAAAUCUGCGGCUAGAAGUAUUUACGACCCGUAGCAGAUACGAGUGAAUCUUUGCAUUGAGAAAGCAAGAGUAAGAAUAUUUGGUUCUAUGAUCUACGGAAUGUAUUAUUUUGUCGAUGAAUCUGACGACAAGAAAUGGCUUAAGUAUACUUAGUAGAUGACGUCAAAAAUUAGUUAUUCAAAUACAAAAUCAUUAUCCAUUUAGUAUUCUAGUAUAUACCAAAUUGUGUUAACCUUUUGUGAACAAUUGAAAAGCGUCAGGACAUUUCAAGCCAUAGAACUGAAUAUCGACUGAUAACUUAGGUAUUUCUAAAAUUUGUAUACAAAUUACAAUAAACAAUUUAUAUGUAUUGGCGUUGGUAAAUCUGCAAUUUAGUUCCCACAUUUUCUAUUAAGAGCAGAAAUUCUAUGCUAUUGAAAUCGGAUUGAGACAACUCAACAAAACGCACAAAAAAAUUACCUUCUAACAUAGUUUUGGUGCCUCAUUUCUCGUCGUCACUGUGAGAAAUCUAAAAUCAAUUGUACGUCAUUUUUAAUUUAUUGUUAAAAUUUACAUGUUUAUAAACAAUAAUUUUAAGUUUAAUUAUAAUUUGUUCACAAUUCUCAAGCUCAAUCGAAUCCUACUUAAGAAUAUUUGUAUUGUCCGACGCUACUGCUGUGUAUUUAAUAAAUUUUUACAUGUG